GAAUUUAAUCUGUCCUACAGAAACUGCUCGCACUCUUGGUCAUCCUGGGAGUUGGCUUUGCCAGCGCCAACCUGCGGUCGGAAGUCGACCAGCUGCUAGCAUUCUACCCGAUGGAGGAGGUCCGCGAGAUCUACAACUGGUGGAUCACCCACGAUGCCGAAGUUGGAGAGAUCAACGCCUUCAUGCAGUCCGCCGAAGCCAACGAAGCCUGGAACGUUCUGAUCGGACAACCGGAGCUGCAGGAAAUCUCCCGUUGGGCUGAAGAGCGCGACGUCAUGAUGGCCGAGUACCUGAACUUCAUUGCCGAACUGUUCGGCUGGACCCCGAUCCCACGUGCCGUCCGCACCAGCAAGGCUGCUCGCUCCUGGGCUUCCAUGAUGGAGGAAAUUCGCGCCGUCACCGACCACGAUGGUGCCCUCGCCCUGGCCAACCAGCUCAUCGCCACCCCCGGAAGCGAAUUCGCCGAGCUGUACAGCAUGACUCAGGAUGCCCGCCCGGCCUUCACCCGCAUCAUUGAGGAUCCAGCUAUGCUGCGAUGGUCCGCCCAGCUGCGUGCCUUCGGUGUCGAUGUCGAUGGUACCAUUGCCCGACUCCAAGCCUUCUUCCAGUGGAACUAAAUUUUGCCGCUGGUUUAAUAAAAUUUAACGUUUGAUUGAUGAAAAA